GAUUGCAAAUCUUUUCUCAAUGGCUCCAAGACAACCCCAUGACACCGUCAUAAACCGAUUUCUUCAGACAGCCUCUUCGACGGACGACAGGGUACCACUGGUAGUCUAGGAUAAGCCAUCGAGAGCCAGCUUCUUGAGUCGAGUCUACCACAACAGCCAUAAGAGCUAGCUAGGAAGUGUCUGAGAGGGACGCUGGAGCCAAAUUCACUUCAUUUCUUAUAGAUCAGGCAGGCGAAAAUCUAGAGGGAAUCUCUUCUUUCGAUCAAAGAGAGAAUAAUAGAAAGAGAUGUCAAAACAAGAGGACAAGUCCAAAACCAUUACCGGUGGCUACGGUGGGAAGCUCUCGGAGCGAAGUCGAAGAAAACAGAAAGGACGGCAGCCCAAGGCACGCGAUGCAUCCCUCACUGGAGAAAUGUGCUCGGGUUUCAGGGUGCCUCGAAUGACACCCGGCAUGAAGAGGCGACUCAACGAUGGCUAUGACAGUUUCUCGGAGAGUGUCAACUCCUUUUCCAACCUAAACUUUUUGGUACAAGUUAUGCAGCCAGAAAUGACCUUGUCAGAGGGGAACGAGUUGGCUGGCCUAGCAGAAGAAAAAGUGACGGAAACUACUAGUGGUAGUCCUCAUUCAGCUCGUGAUAAUAACAAUCCACAACUGCAAGAAAAGUCAUCAUCACCUCCUCCACCACCGCCACCACAACACAAACGAAUAGGGUCUCGUUUUGCCGGGCCACAGAAACCACCAAAGUCCCAUUUUGCCGAAACCAAGGCUGUCAUAAAAGCUGACAAACAGCACCGAAGAACAGGCUCCAAACAUACUGCUUUUCAAGACGAGGACUGGCAAAUGGCGGGAAAUGAGACUGAGGAGAUAGAGGACAGUGAAGAGGAGGACGAAGAAGAGGACGUAUUGCCGGAAACCAAAAAGACCAAAGGCACCACUACUACUAGACCACCAGGAGUCCCACUCUUGAGACGGUCCCUAAGGUUAAACCCAUCGUUGGACGUCCAAACGACCAACGAAAUCUUCAUGAAAAACCUGUCGGAUUGCAUUCAAAGUCAGAUGGAUGGUGGUGGAGCAACAGAUGAUGAAGAAGAAGAGGUUGACGAUGAUGAAGCAAAUGAGCAGGACAUUGAAGGAGGUGGCGAGGUUGGUAACAAUGAAUCCACAGAUGAUGAUGAACCUGGUAUCCUUCGCAACAAGAGCGAGGUCCUCGAGGAGGCAAAACUGACGGAGCAAACAUCUCUCCUUGGGAGUGGGAGGAAACCACCAUGGCAGGGAAGGCGCAAGCAUCCAAACCUGAAGAGACGUCGCACACAGAGGGUGUGGUACCAUUGCCUAUGCGGAUGGUGGUCCAGAAUCAUGCGCGUACUACGCCCUCGAGAAGUGUGCCAGAGCAUCAAGAAUUUUAUCCUACGAAUCGUCUUGCUACUCAUGGUCCCACUCUUGGCUCUAGCCUGGGCACUCUUUUAUGUCCUCGAGAACCCAGUGCUACAGUUUCUACCCAGAACAGCAGCCUUGUCCUGGUAUAUAAUAUUUGCAGUCCGAUGGUUGGUGACGUUGACACUCGCGAGAAUCUCGCAAUGGUUUCUUUUGCUGGCAACUCGAACGCAUCUCAUGGCACGAGUGGCAGGGCCAUUCGUUACCCUCAUGGCACUGCAAUCCAUCGGGUGGCCUUUUCUGUGCAUGUCGUGGGGAUUUUGGAACCUAUUGAUCUUGCAUGGUCAAGGCAAAUUCUGCAAGAAUUGGCUCUUCUUUGUCACUGGCGCUGCCAUGUUUGACCCAACUGAAAACCCGGAUGAUGGUGUUUUGGACAGCGACCUUUACGGAAGAAUUCUCGGGGUUAUGAUUAUUGUUGGGUUCGUGAGUGGCAUCAAGCGAACUUUGAUAGCGUUGUAUCUGAGUCGACGAAUGUUGUUGUACUACAAACCACAGCUGAAGGAAAUGAUGUAUCAGAUCAAACUCGUUACCGGUGUUGCGGGUCUUGCGGCAGAGACACUCAAACGAGGUUUCGGGACUGUACUGAAUGAUGCUGUCGCCAAAGCUACGGAGGUGCAGAUCAUGCGCGAGCCUGUCUUUAUGGAUGCAGUUCCGUCCUUUGGUAAUACUGCACCUGUCCCACCAUCUGAGGCCAGUCCAAGUCAAGGCCAAUUUGCCAUGGAUGGAGUAUCGAACGUUGUUGCUGUUUCAGCUUCCAAAACAUCACAAGGCAACAUUGAAAGUGAUGACGACUCGGAGGACUACGAUGACAAGACAGAGCAAUCCAACAGCGAAGACCAUUGGGAACGCUGGAAGAAGGUCAGUGAUCCGUGGCAAAACGAAAGUAGUGGAUCAGCAAUUGGGACAGUGGGGAACGUGAUGGCGUCGAUUCCCAACUGGGAGCCUCCAGUCGACAAAAGUCAGAAGGAGGAACCGACGCUCAACGACAUGCUGGAAUUUAGAAAAGCGGUAGCUUUCAUGGAGGGCAACUACCCAUUUUCUCGCGCUUACGGGCUGUGUGAUUCACGCGAGGCUUGUAUCAAAUCUGCAUUACGGGUCUACAAACGACUUCUCAAAUUUAUUCCCCAGGACAAAGAACCCACGCUCCUAUUUGAUGUGAUUGGAGUGCUCGCCUACCACAACAAUGGAGAGUGGGAUGAGAAACGAGCUGUGGAGUUGAUGCGAGUGUACACACCCGACAAAGACUACAGGUUGAGCAGGAAUGCAUUUGUCCGGUCUUGUGACAACGUCUACAAGAGAAUGGUGUUCCUCCUUGCUUCGAUGAACAACGCAUCAAAGAUCGACAGUGUUCUGGAAGAGAUAUUUGACCACUUCUUUUAUGGCAUCUUGGCUAUAGUUAUGCUGAGUCUCCUGGGCUUGAAUAUUUGGCCACUCCUGGCAUCAUUCUCGACCAUCCUGUUGUCCUUCACAUUUGCAUUCUCCUCCUCUACUGCUCGUGCUGUUGAAGGAAUCAUGCUCAUUGCCGUUCGACGGCCCUUUGAUAUUGGUGAUCGCAUCACUAUAUCCAAUGCACAGGGUGCUUGUCCUGGGCCUGCCGAUGCAUGGUUUGUGGAAGACAUUGAUUUGACGACAACUACACUAAGGCGCGGCUUAACGAAUGAAGUGGCCACAAUCAACAACAGCAGCCUCACUAAUUGCAGGAUUGUCAACUAUGCCAGAUCCUCCAAGGCAUGCAUCACUGUCAUUGUUCACUUUCAAAUUGAGACUCAGCCCACUCAAAUUGAGCGAUUCCGGCGACGUGUGAAAAAGUACCUCAAGAACCGCCCAAGCGUAUGGGAAGCGCUACUGUGCUUUCGGAACUGCGACCUGAGCAAAACUGAGGGGUUCAUCUCUUACAUACUCAUCGCGAGGCACACGAAACCCUGGCAGGAUCCUUCAGUUUUGAUGAACAAGGCGAAAUUAGAAAAUCAGGUGGACAAAAUUUCAUCAGAGCUUGGCAUUGGCUACGUCAGACAACCGGACCGUAUGGAGGUUGCUAUGAUCGAUGAGAUCGAAAGGAAACCGAAGCAACUUUGAUGAAACGGAUCUGCAAGCCCAAACCCAUGCGUUUUCGCUCAUGGUGUCCUUUGAAAUGCUUGAAAGAUCAUCCUUGAACUCCUCCAACUGAAUGGAUGAGGCGUCAAAGUCGGUCGCAUGGUUAUCAUUACCGGUACCAUGGUUGCAAAAGCAGAUUGCAAGAAUUUGCCGCAGCUGAGAUUUCUCUUGUUGGAGUGCUUCAUCUGCCGAGUGCAGUUUGUGUCGUUUCUUGAGAGAGGCGACGAGGCUUGCUUCGGAUGGGCAAGUUGGAAUUUCAUGUGUCUGUUGUUGUCCCCUUGCACGGGCAAGCUGUUGCUCGAGCUCGUAGAUGGCUUUGAGCUUGGCAUCUGGGUUCUCACAAACAAUACCGCGAGAAAAAUCUCGCUUCGUUUCGUCGGAAGCAGCUUUGAGUACAAUUGAAAUGGUCUUGUGGUCGAUACCACUCUCAACCUGUGGUGCGGUGUAGUGUAUUUACAUUGUCGAAGUUGAACAUGAAGCCAGUCCUCGUUGCUUCUCGUGCUAUCUGAUAUCAUUUUAUUGAGCUACUGGUCGAAACGAGUAUCCUGAAAUAACGGAGUUUAGAAGUCGUCGGUGGACUCGACUCAAGUCAGUGUUUGGUGAAUGGCUUGACACUGGCAACGAAAGGCAACAGUGAGACUUUGGUUUUCUGUGAUAAGGCUUCGUACUCGGCAACUUACUCAACUGACUUUUGGUCAACAAUAUGCGGGGCAGUCCUUGCCAGAACUCUUUCAGCAUCACUGGCAUUGGAGAAAAGGACAAAUCCCCAACCGUUUCCAUACAUGACAAACACACUCUGAAGCGAGCCGAAUUGCAAGAAAUACGAUCGCAGACUAUCCUCUGUCGUUUGCCACGCUAGACCUCCAAUGAAAAGCUUGCCGGUCUUUGUUUUCACUGGGCUGGGGUUGGGGUUGUCGUCUUCCGUCUGUUGAAGUUGUUUAGCGCUAUUCUUGUUGGUUCUUGGGGUUACAACAUGCCAAUCGUCGUCCUUUUUCGCGGCAACGUUGAGAAUUGCAAGCCCAGAAUACGUCAGCCUUAGAUACGUUUCAGUCGAUGACCCCUCCGGUUUGUCAUCCCUUCCUUUCACUUUGAUGACAGGUUUGCCUGGAACAGCCAGGUUCCGCCGACCCCACUCCACAAAAUUCUUUUCUGAAGCCAAUGUUCGAAUGCGUAGGAAUCCUUCUCUGUCUUUUUCUCCCACUUUGGCAUAGAAAGCCGACCCAAUGCAGCCCUCAGAGGCCCAGCUCGAGUAGACGCUGAUGCCCUCUUUCACGUUUUGGUGCUGGGCAUUCAGGACAACACUGCAAAAGAUUGCAAACUUGCCUUUUGUUUCGAGGUUAGGUGUCUUGACAGAAGUGGAUGUUUGUUUGUUCGUGUGCAAUGAAGGGGGCGAGGACGGUUGACCAAUGGUACCUCUAAAGCCCUGCUCUCCACCAGUGUCCUUUGGUACAUCGUUGCCCAACUGAUUUUUACCAGUUGUGGAGGUCUGUUGAGCUUCGCAAGGAACCUCUGGGACAGUCAAGCUAGCGGCAACGUCUUGCAUGGGCCUUGGUUGCUUUGUUUGGCAUGGCACCGACUCUGGCUGAAUGUCUGUAGAUCCAGAGUUUGCAUCAUUGCGGGCUGAGUUUGUUUGCUGCUGCUGAUCGUCUGAUAUGCGCAGCAUCUUUUUGAUAGCCACAGCAGUAUUCACGCAUAUCUCGUCCUUCGCGACAGCUUCAAACUGCCCAGCCAAUUCACGUUCUUUCGCCGACUGUGAAUCAAACGAUGUAACAUCUCCAACAUCUUCACUGCUUCUUCUUGGCGAUUUGUGGUCGUUCAGAUGCCGACCUUGAUCUUCUACUGGUUGCGAAUAAAUUGUCAUGUCAUCCUGGUUAUCAUCGUUGGCUUGCUGAGACGGAUUAGAAGAGAUGGUUUGAACUUCCAUUUCAUGUUCUUCAUCCUCAUAAACAGUCCUGGGUGGUCCACCCAAGCAAUCAUAUUCCCACGACAUGACUACGUUGGCAUUGUCAAUGAG